AAGGCUAUGCUCGCCUUGAUACUAACUAAUACUUUUCAUGCUCAAGAUCACGCAAAGUUCCGACUUCUUGAAGAUAUUAAGGUACACGCUUUAUGUCGGCGGUCAGCUGUUCCAUUUAUUCAUCCUGAGCUUUGAAGGCCAGAAGCUGAUGGAUCAUAGUCUUGAAACACGCGACAAGAUAUACAGCAGUUCCUGGUACGAAGCGCCCAAGAAAUCUCAGAAGCUCCUUAUUAUGGUGAUGAUACGGAGUCUGCAGCCUACAUGCUUGAGCGCAGGCAAGGUUUACAUCUUCUCCUUGGAGAGCUUCAGCGCGGUUCUGCAGACUUCGAUGUCGUACUUCACGGUGCUCGCGUCUUUUUAGAGUA